CAGGGCACUCUGGUCAAUCAAACCCUGAGAACGAGACUGCUUUCUUGAAGAGACGGAAAGGAAAAAGAUAGUAAAAGUUCACGAUCUCCUCCCAUUCUAACCCUCCUGUGGACCUCAGAUGUCCAGCAUGGAUAACUACCCUGAUAAGCAGUUCUAUGGAGAUGCGGAGACGUACUGGAAGGAGAUCCCGGCCACUGUGGACGGGAUGCUGGGCGGGUACUCCAAGGUGGACAAGCUCGACAUCAAGGGGUCCAAGAAGUUCCUACAAGAAUUCAUCUCAGGCCCGAAUGCGAAGACGAAAACGCGGCGAGCAGUGGACUGCGGCGCGGGGAUCGGGCGGGUGUCCCACGGCCUGCUGUGUCCCCUCUUCAGCAGGGUGGACAUGGUGGAGGUGUGUCAGAAGUUCCUCGACCAGGCCAAGACUUACCUGGGCUCCAGUGCCAAGAAAGUAGACAGGUAUAUCUGUUGUGGCUUGCAGGAUUUCACCCCCGAUCCUGGUCGCUAUGAUGUCAUCUGGGUACAGUGGGUCCUGGGGCACCUCACACACAAGGACCUGGUCAGCUUCUUCCAGCGUUGCCGGGCGGGGCUCGCAGAGAACGGCAUCAUCGUCGUCAAGGAGAACGUUGCGGAUGACAGCUGCUCGGAUGGGGUGAUUUUUGACCAGGACGACUCGAGCGUAACGCGAUCCCACCGCUACCUCAAGCAGAUCGUAGCGGAGAGCGGGCUGAGGGUCAUCAAGGAGGAGGCACAGAAGGACUUUCCUAAGGAACUGUUUAAAGUCCAGAUGAUGGUCUUACAGUGAACUUAAACUUUUACAUGUACAGCAUCUUACCAGGAUCAAAGAGGAAACGAAAAUUGACUUUUUUAGUCCAGAGAAUGAUCUUGGAGAUCCACCUAUUUUCUUCACAAUAACCAAGACAUGUGUUAAGAACCUAGAGGUUAAGUGAAGUUGAGGACAUUUUAAAGUCCAGAUGAUGCUUUGAAGUGAUCUAACUUUCACUUUUACAGCAUUUUGCCACAAUCAAAGGGGAAAUUUAAGACAGU